ACCUCCCUCUCACAACCCUCUAUAACAAUGAAGGCGCCCUCGAACCUACUUCUUCAUGCCUUUUGGCUGAGGCCUGGGCGUCCGCUAUGUCAGAUCCGCUCAAAAUCGCACUGGAUGCCCAGAGAGAAGUACGCCAAACUCACCAGUCUCGACAAGCUACACCGGCGCCAGAAAGCUGCGAUACGGAAAGAACGCGAAUUCAGCGAAGUGCGCGCUCAAAACAUGACCCUGGAGUCUGAGACUCAAAUUCCCAUGCAAUCACCGCCAUCAACACCCUCGCCUUCGACGAUCAUGUCACGACUAGCUGUCGUCUCACAUCUACCCUUUCAAAUCUCCCGGACACGGUCUGCGAAUCUGCCUGUGUAUGAAUCCACGAAGGCCGGAGGGUCCAAGCACAUUACAACAAUACGCAAGAUUACGGGCGACUUGAAUGAGCUGGCGGAUCAGGUUCGGAAAGCGCUCGAUUUGGAGCAGCAUAUCACAGACGUCCGGGGACGGCGGAAGGAGACGGUCGCGAUCAACUGGACCACUCGACAUGUCGUCGUGCGUGGAUGGAGGGGGCCUGAGAUCAAGAAGUGGGCCGAGUUAAACGGAUUUUGAAUGUUAUGAGCGCGGAGGCACGACUUCGUGCAAAAUGCAUUCAUUCAAUGGGAACAGAACGAGAAGGCUGGACCAGCAAAUCGGGCAAGCGUGACUCAGCGACCGCCAGUACGGGAUUCCCAAGCGCCUCCCCGCUGCAGAAGAGCCCGGGGCUGUUUAUGCUGCUGCCCGACAAUGUACAGUACGAAUGAGAGCAGUGCGGAAAGAUUUGCUCUUAGGACUUCAACCGCAUACACUUUAUACCAACCCUUUUCCAGCGCAAGGUGGGUGCGAUUGGUGACCUUAAUCAAUAGAAGCAGAUCGGCCCCAGCAGGCCGGAAAGCAUUCAAUGCAAAUUCUGCUACAACUCACUAAAAUCUCACCGUUCCAAGCCAAUGACUUCUCUUAGACUACAG